AUGAACGUCCUCAUCAAGGAAGAGGAGAAAGUUUCGUAUGUUUACAAAGACAUCCCGAUUCCACAAGCUGGCGAAGGCGAACUGCUUGUAAAGGUACUCAAAGUGUCCCUAUGUGGUUCGGAUAUUAUUUUAUAUGAAUGGAAUGAAGGUAAAGUAAACACCUGAAUAAAUAUUAAUGGAACGGCUUACCGGGGCAUGAUAUUAAACUUAAUGUGAAGCAAAAAAUUGUAUAUACCAUUUAGUACAGUGUUACUACCUUCAAGAUGGAUGGUUAAUCGUAUAUUUAUCGCAAUGCUACAGCGCAAGUCUUUGGCAAGCAAGUAUUAUGAUGCUAAUUUUCAAGAAACCAAUUCAUGAUGCGGAUAAAAAAAAUCAGGUGACGCUACGUGACGUACUGACAGGGUUUUGUCCGAGGGUACCACGCCUCCCCCCAUCCCCCUUUUCAGUGAAAUUUUGUUUUGUUUUUAAAGAACUUUCAUCAGUAAAAUGAAUAGUAUCUAUAUAGCUUGCAAGUGUCCCGCCCCCUUCUCAGGGGCACCCAACGAGAACAUAGUUCAAAACCACUUAAACAUAGCAUUGUUGAAAGUAUUUUAGUAUUUAAACGGUAGAUAUAGGCAUAUUUUUAUCCCCUAAAACUUUUUCAUCUGUUCGGAUUUCCUAGCUGAAAGUCUAGUGAUCCGAAAAUUAUCGGGAUCAACAGUUACCUUUUCGAAAAUUUCAGCUAGAAAAAAGGUUCCUGAAUAUUCUAGGUGACCUUUUUAGGGUAAAAAUCCGUUAAAAAUGGGCAAUUAUACCAUUUUUUUAGAUGUUCGAAAAUCCUUGGAGAGGCAGGCAGGCAAGAAAUUUUACAACAAAUGUUCCGAAAAUUCCAGAUCUCAAAUCGUUUUCCGAACAGAUAUUUUCCAAAAAUUGUCGUUGGGUGCCCCUGCCUUCUUUCUAAAUUUUCGCAUCCGCCCCUGGGCUGUAUAACAGUACUGUUGGACUGGACUUGUGAAUGCCAGAACUGUCAACCUAUUUGUUCCGAAUGUUAUAAAACCACUGAGUUUCUUUUCUUUUACUCUAGCUGCAAAGACAAUAGCAACAUUGCCAUUUAUCCCUGGGCAUGAAUGUGUUGGAGAGGUAUUAAGACAGAAUACAUCUGACUAUUGAGUAAUUUUAGUUUCAGGGGACAAAAACCUCGUACCAGAAUAUUUUAAGCCAUGUCGCAUUCUUUGUUACACUUUUCAAGAGCUAUGAAUGUAAAAAGUUAUAUGAAAUAGCUCCAAAGAAAAGGUUCUUAUUGGAGCCCAAGGAAAUAAAUUCCAUAUUUCAAGGGAACUGAGAAAACACAGGUAAAAUUAAAAUUACUCAUUUUCCAAAUGGGAUGCUUGUCAUCUCGCUAAGGGGUGUAAAUUACAGAUUAUGGUCUCACAUGUAUGUGGUGUUUGGGAUGGAAAGUCACUAUAUUUGCCCAUUCAAGUAUCACUUAGGGCUGUGCAUAAAGAAAGUUACAUAUAAAACCUUGACACUGAUAACCUUUAGUGGUCAGUUUAAGCUUGAGCCACACCCACAUUGAUCUCCCUUAAGGGUUUGAUUUUAAUUUGGCAACGAGCAUCCCUGUUAUUUUUAUAUCAGGGUCUCCCCCCCCCCCCACCCCCCAAGAUGUACACUGUGCUUGACCUGGGAACAGGUCUUAGAUCCAGGGACUUAGGAAGGUUGGAUUGGGAGGGGGAGCUUGGGAGAGACACUCCAUAAAGUUUUAUGCGGGGGCAUUCCAUGGCCAACUCCAACCUCUUAUCCUUUUUAAAGCAUUUUUGACAGAAAACGUGGCCCUUCCUAUACCUUCUAUUGACAGGUUGUACCCCUUUAAUUUAAUACUUAGCUAGUUUAGAAUGUUUCAUCCCUUUUAACUGCUGUAAAUGCACAGUCUUUUAAGAAUGAAAUCAUUAAAAAAUCUCUAAACCAGGAAGUUUUCAUUGUCUUUUUCACAGCCAUAAAACGCAUCUGUUAGCUCUUUUAGAUCCUUUUAUUGACAUAUACUUCAGCUAGUGAACUCCUUUGCCUUUCAUAUACCUGAAACCUGUAAAUGGUUCCCCUCCUGGGCAGAACCUGCACUUACAGGCCAUUAUAGAAAGUACCCCCAGGAGGUGGGGGGGGGCGGGGCUUAGAUACAAGGUUCUUAACUGAAAUGAAGGAAUACAGUGGAAGCUCUCCGAACAUACACUCUUGUAAGGGGACAGCCUUCACAAAACCCUGUUUUUCUCAUUUUCUAUACAAACUCUGUAUUUUCACAUUCCCUUAAGUUAGUGGCCAGCUCCAGUUUUGGUCACCUUUUUUUGUAUCCUGCGGGUGUCCAUUCAUGAGAGCUUCCAUUGUGGUUGGUUUAAGUAGGGUAAGUAUAUGUGAUAUUAGAAGCAGGAAGCACCCUUAUGGGACCCUCUGGAUACACCCUGGAAAUCACUCUCAAUCUUGUGCAAAAUUUUUUCUUUUUUUCACAUGUAUAUGUUGCAGUUCAAUCUUAUCCUUCAGUUAAAUUUUAUUUUCUUUUGUUUUGGGGUAUGGUAAUGUAUGAUAAUGAGUUUAAAACAAAGGAAAAUAAAAUUUAACUCAAGGAUAAAUCAAUUGAACCAAAACUACAUACUAGGGAAUCCUGGCAGUUUAUCAGAGGUCCCUUGAAUUUUUUUUUUAGAAACCCUUUUGAUCUUAUCAAAGAGUCUCCUGAAUAAUCCGGCUUCCUCCAUUGGCUGCCUUGUUUCCAGCUGAGAAAUUUUUAAACUUCCUCUAUUGCACCUAAUCAUCAACCAAACACCACCCCACCAUAUUCCAAGUAUGAAAAUUAUUUAAGCUCGCAGUUCCAGAAGGAUUUGGGCUAACCUUCCAUGGGAAAUAUUUAAUGUUAUAUUUUAGUCUUGCUACUUUGAACCCCAAAUCCUAAGAAAUAUCAUGGCGUCAAAAAAAGUAACAACACAUAAAUAUUAUUUUGCCUUCUUAAAAAGUGCAGACUGUAUGUGCAGCUUAUUGGUGUGCGCACCUUCAUCGUGUCAAACUAUCACAAUUUGGGAUUUGUAGGUUGUUCAAGUUGGUCCUGAUUGUGACGAGAAAUUUUCUGUUGGACAGCUCGUCUGCUGUGAAAAUCACUUUUAUUGUGGAAAGUGUUACCAAUGUUUGCAUGGUAAGACAUUAUCUAACAAAAAAUUAUAAUAAGAGCAAUGUGCAUGUGUGACAAAUUGUCUUGAAAGUUUUUAUUAUCUCCAUUUUAAUAAUAUUUUAGUAUUAUGAUGCAGCUGUUUUAUAUUUGUCUAGUACAGAUUUACGUCACAUCUGCCAAAAUCUGAAUCAGUUUGGACAUGGAAGAGGUACUAUUUAUGGAGGUAGGGUAGAUUGAAUGUUGACCUACUUCCUUAAAAUCAAUCUGCAAUGCUUUUCAGUUUUAGAGAAUCAAGUCAGGCAAUCUUAAAUCAGAAUGAUCGACAGUCCUUCAACUCACAAAAUCUUUGUUUGUCCUUUGUUAUAAAGACCCUGCACUGUAAUUUGUGAUAAAUGUUCUGGUCUUGUUCAAAGUCAACACCAUAAAUAUAUUGUUGAUUGAUUUUAAUAAUAUGCACUACCUGUAGCUCAGUUCUAUAAUCAUCUGGCUGCUGAAUCAUAUUUUGCAGGGUUUGCUCAGUACACAAUCAUUCCAGCUCACUACUGUUACCAGUUGAAAACAAACCUGGACGUGGACAGAGCUUGCUUACUGGAACGUAAGAUCAUAUGAUAAGUUGCAAUUGAAUAACAUUAUUCCUCUUACCUUCCUCUGAAAGCUAGGAUUCGAAACUAUACUAAUCAUGAAGUAGAGAGAACGGGGUUUCUAAGAGAAUGACUUACGAUUGUCUGUCCAAAUAUGACUUAAGUCAGUGUGUUACACUGUAAGUAAGCUAAGUGUUGCUUGACUUAUUCAUCAGGUCCAGUGUUUUCUUUAUUUUUUUUCCUAGCAUUUGGUGUUGCACAUCAAGCUGUGGAAGAAGUUGACCCUAGUGGGGAUACUAUACUUGUUCAAGGUGAAGAUUUUGUUUUCCACAAGUGACCUAUAUAGAGAUUAGGGGGUGGAGUAUGAACACAGGCUAAUUGGUGGGGGGUGGGUUGGGGUGGGCUGAGUUUACAAGCAUAUGGGUUGUAUAAGUUAGUUGUGGCUCAGGUGUAAAACAAAUCCGUUACUUUCCCAACUGUUUUGGAGUCUAAACGAUGUGAACAGGCAUUGUCUCCAGAGGAUGGCAACUUUUCCCAUAUUCUGCUCAUUUGGGUUCACAUACACGUAGGCAUGUUUUGUUGAACGUCUCUGCAAUGUUCAUUCCUAGACACAUUUCCUUGUCCUAUAAUGGAGCUUUAUUAAUUAAGGAACUUAAAUGAGUGGUAGUGAACGAAGAAAAGAACAAAGAAGGAGAAGCAACAAGAAUACAUGGCCAUUGUAUAGUUGUUCAUUCCAAGCCCGUUUAUGAACAAAACUCUUUUAUUGGCUUUUUGUCUUCCGAUCCCUGCCCUGGAAAUUCAUUGAAUUAGAUGUAACACUUAAAAAAACUUUUGAUAGUUUUCCUUUAGUUUUGUUGACUAUUAAUAACUAGUUCACUUUUGUGAUGAUGGAAUUGCUGACUGAACUUGACCUUUUUGUAUCAUUCUUUGUUGUAGGGUGUGGCCCUAUUGGUUUACUAGCAAUUGGAAUCGCCAAGUGCAUGGGAGCUAUCAAAAUGUAAGUUUUGGACAGGCUUAAAAGAACACUGAGUUUCAACCAUUUGCACGGGAACAAAACUGCCCGAAAAGUGCCCCUCAAUCCUUGCACCACUUGUAACGUCAUCACAUUAUUUUCGGUCGACCGAGGAAGAAAGCCGGGCUAGAGGUUACCCCUUUUCUCUAGCACCCAUCAUAAUUGCUUACGAAUCUCUUAAAGGUCGCUCGUACGUAUCUUGCAUGAGAGGGGUUACAAUAGAACCCGGCCAGACGCGGCUUCCUUGUUGUUAUGCAACUUUGAUUUGUCUGGGGCGGCUGAGCGAAAUUUUCAAGCACUAGGGACAGCGAUGUAAUAAUAAUAAUAAUAAUAAUAAUAAUAAUAAUAAUAAUAAUAAUAACUCGUAAAAAAUGAAUUCGCGCUGUUUCAAAGAAAAAGAAUAGCAGUAAUGUAGUGUUUAAAGAAUAGAAAGUGACAGAAAGAAAUAAAUCUUGAGACGUAAUAACGACAUUUUCAUUGUUAAGAUUUGUAGUGUGUUCCUUUCUGAUUUGACAUCAUAAACGAAAAGAAAAGGGGCCUGGAAAUGUUAUCCUACCCCGCUCUCCAGCCAAUACCGACACCUCGCUAAUACGGGCAAAUUCAAGGCCUGUUAGAGACCGUAUUUACGAGUAUCCAUUAUUUUAGUCGAGCGUGAAGCAGAAGUAUAUAUUUUGGUCUAGGACGCAGCUUGAGAGAAGGGAAAAUAAUGUUUGAAAUAUAAUUUUUUCCUUCUUCUCUCUCCUGGCGCUCGACCACUUGUAUAUUCUUAGCCUUCGUGCAUGGCAAGGGUUGUAAAAGUGGCACUAGUCGUCACGCGUAAACACAUUCAAACGUACUUUGAGAAAUUUUUUUCUCGAUAGUUUUGUUAGUAAUUAAGUAAAAGUAAUUUGCAUACAAUAGUUUUUCACUUUUUUAUAUGACAUUGUACGAUUCCUACAAUUACAUUACUGUAUUGAGUUGCUCUGUAUCCAUGUUUUUUGCCCUUGUCUGUUACAAGUAAAGGGAGUGCCUUGUUAUCUCAUUCAGUGAAGGGUACGAGCUGUGCGACAAUAAACAAUUAUUUGACGUGAAUUAUUACAGAUCGAGGAGAACUGGAUUUGAGCUAAUCAGAAACGGCGAAAUAUUUUGAGCGAAUAACUAUAUUUAACAUGCAUUGCACUGUAUUCUUCCCCCGUCAGUAUUGCAACGGAUAUCAUGGCUGAUCGACUUCACAAAGCAAAAUUGAUGGGUGCAGAUGUCAUUGUUGAUGGAAAGACAGAAAACCUUAAGGAAGCUGGUUUGUAUAUUGUUCACCGUACGAACCACUGAAUUAUAAACCAACAGCCACACUUAAAAGUUAUUACAAGGUCUUAAUUUACACAGCUAAGUUUUAGUUUUAUUUUUGUCAAAUUACCGCUACACCCUGUUUGUCUGUUACAAUUAAAACUAUUCGGUUUUUUUUUGUAUGCAGCGAAGUUCACAAACUAGAGAAACUUCCGUAAACUCUCUGUUUCAUAGGUCUACCUUUUUAAAAAAUUCUGUUCUCAUAAAGUCUGUUGGACCCCCACAAUGUUUUACGUUCUUGUAAUACAGUUUAGUUUGAGAAUUUGCAAAACCAAAACUUGGUAAGAACAAAGCAAACAAAGAAGACGGUCUGGGACAGUAUAGCUCUUUUACCAUCAAUAUAUUUUUGGUUUCCUAAAACUUGCUGGUUUUUUUGUUUGUUUUUCACUGUGGAUAAGAUGCUUUUUCAUUUACUGUUAGUGUUCAGAGAAACAUCGGGAAACGGUAUUGGUUGUCUUCUCGAAUGUUCCGGGGCGGCGCCAUUAGUCAACAAUUGUUUUUCGUUACUAAGGUCAGUGGAUAUUUUAAUGUGUGUCCAUGUUUUAACGCACUUUAUUAUUCAUUCAAAAUAUUUCCCCAAUUCUGAUUGGCUAAAAGCACACGCAUAAUUGACCAUAACCAGUUACAGAUGACCAAAUUUGGAAGAAUUUUGUGUUUAACGAGGAAAUGACGUCAAAAAUGCAGCAUUCUACAGGUUAAUGCACCGUUAACCGAGAAGACCUGGGGACGAGAUUGAGUUGUUUUCGUUGUAAAAACUAAAAUGGCGGACACUUCACUCGUUUCAAGAGUAAGAACUGCAGCUAGAACUAGGCGAAAUAAUGGCUAAAAACGUAACAAAAACAGUAAGAAGACAACUCGGAGGGCAACCUCAAGAAUUUGUAUUGCUGUUUCCAUUGUUCUUGUUUCCUUGCGAUUUUUAUUCAUUUAUCUCCAACGACGUUGUUCUAUUCAGUUUCAGCCUGAGGAGUUUUUAGUAUUUUUGGUGUCAUGUACUGUUUUAACCGUACCUGGCUUCCAAUACCACAUGUUAGAGCAAUCUGUGUUAAUGUGCACGUUUUGUUUACGUAUAAUAGGAAAGGAGGACGAGUCGUUCUUGUAGGACUUCUCAAGGUAAACUGGUUUUGUAAGAUAAAUAUCGACAGACGUAGUACCCAAGGGCAAUACUCUUCAUGGUCUUCGAAACCUUUCACGUUGCAAUUGUAUUCACACUGGAUCCCCCGCAAGGUGCCUGAGUACAAUCCAAACCGGGAUGCUAAUGUGGCUACUCCUUUCUCUCAAUUACUCAGCCGGCCAAAAUUUGUGUACCGCGGGCAAGUGCCUGGCAGAGUAUGUGGUCAACACCUGGGGUCAAUUCAGUUCACAUGUAGAUGCGCAAGUGUAACAUUGCUUUAGAGUCUGAGAAACCUUGCCACACUGGUAAAUUACCCGUGUAAAAGUUCAAUUGAAUUUCCUUUUUACUCAGGCACCAGAAAAGUGUCUCUGACUCCCCUCCGCCCCCCCCCCUAACCCCCCCCCAACCCCUCCUUGUGUACACACGUUCUUAGUUCUGAGGCACUUUACCCAGAGGGCUCUUUGCCCAGAGGUCACUUUAUUACAUCCUACAACACCCUUUUACUCUCACUUCAUAGUGGUGUUUGACGUAGCGAAAUGAAGUGUAUAUAAUACAAUAUCGGUUAUAAAGCCGGUGUCUGAAUAGCCCUUCACUUUGUGUCGAUACUCAUGGCUAUCCCAUGCACCAUGUAUGAACAUAUCCUUACAGGGCCUUCGCCUGAGAAAUUGUAUGAUUGCAGACGGACGGUUGUAUGGCCUGUUGUUAGACCCCUCCUUUGUUCUUUGUUGCACGUAGACUGACGGUGUUCCAGUGAUGUCGACAUGUCUGACCUGUUCGAUCUAAAUUUUUCUCACUUAGCCAUAUUUGAGUUGCCACGAACGGUUAUAUAUAUCGUAUUCCAAAUCAUCGAAAAUCAGUUGCUCGUGUCUUGCGUUGUAGCUUAUACAGCUCUAGUGGUCACUCAUGCGACCAAGCUUAGCUUUUGUGUUGCUUUAUUCGUCCUCUGCCUCCAGGGAUUUUCGUCGGUAGUCGCCGCACAAGUAGUCCGGCAUGUCACUUUUCACGUUGUUCUUUCCCAAGUGCCUUUGCGUUUAUGAAGCUCUCCCAUGAUACUCCCCUCUUUACAUAAAAAAUUCCCAUGACUCUUCGCGCCGCGACAACCGCAAAAAUUCCUAGAAGCGCCUGCGCACGAGGCAGAUUCCUCCCAAGCAUCAGCAAGAAGAUGAACCUUUAGGUGUUGGUUUAUUUUAAGUGUCUCGUUUAGAAUUUCUUAUCGAGACAUUUUCGUAAGACCUUGGAAAAUGGGUUCGGUACUGUGUUCGAUAUUUGUUUUAACAACCAGUGGAUGAAAAGAUCAAAACAUGGCCUCUUCGUUUUUCCGCCAAAGGAAACCCUAAUAUGGAAAAGGCAUUGUUCGAUUGGCCAAUCCUGUUGCAGUAUGACGUCAAAGCGAAGUAUCGGUUUUUUCACCUGAGCGUUCGCUUAACCAGCCAAAAGCCACGCGCGUUUGUAUCCGUUCGACAAACCAAUCAAAUCACUCUAUUUCCCGGUUCGUAUUGUUGUUUCUCUUUUGUUCGCACGGUUUCAUUUCAAGGUCAUACGAAAAUCGCUCUAUUAGAAAGAACUCGUUCAUUUUUUUAAAUCAGCGCCAAACUCUAAAAGGGUUGUUUUAACCACAAAUCAAAAAUUAAGAAUAAUAAAGGCUAAAUAAUUCACUUGUGGCUGCUGUAUAGCGUUUUUUUUUUCAAUGGAAAUAUUUGUGCUAAACGAAUUUGAAAUCAAUCUUAGCUCCCAAACGCCGUAUAGUGAACCAUUUUUUAUUAAAAAUUGUUGAUGCCGCAGAACUGUAAUCAAUUUUAAUGUAGAUCUCAUUUCACUUCUUUAAAGCAACCUCUUCAUGUAGAGAACUUCCUUCAAGAUGUUUUAUUCAAGUCCUUAACAUUGAAAACAAUUCACGGGAGAAAGAUAUUCAGUACUUGGGAAAAAUCUGAAGAGCUCUUAUUCAGUAACAAGUAAGUUAUGAAUCCACUGCCUACUACCGAACUGUUUCAAAUCCCUCGUUAUUUAGUCUGUGAAGCCUGUUCAACUGUUCCAUUGGUUAUUUUUGAUUUGUAAAACAGAACGCAUGUGAUUCUCUUGGAUUUUAUAAUCACUCGUCCCCUCCCUGCUAACUGUGCUUAAAAAUGAAGAUGAGGUUAUUCCAUUUGUCCUUAUAGACUGUUACUAGGGAUCUCCAAUGUUAAGCAUUCUUAAAACUAUGUUCGCACUCUGCCGGAUAGCUCAGCUAUUCGGUAUAGUGGGACACAAAGCCGACACGAAAAGCUAUAUCCAGUAUAGUAUGAACACCUAUCCGAUAGUGACUACCUCCACUUUAGAGAUCGGCGCGGCGCAGCUUCGCUCCGUUGCAGAAAUCGCGCCAAAAUGACCGUUCUUAUGUGUAAACAGAAGCCCUGGUGUCUCGUAUGGUUUUUCUGCCUGCGCAAAAGCUCUCCGGGAUAGUAUGAACACCUAUCCGAUAUCUGACUCUCCACUUAAGAGAUCGGCGCGGCCCAGCUUCGCUCUGUUACUCCGUUGCUCAGAAAUCGCGCCGAAAUCACCGUUUUUAUGUUUGAACAAAAGCUGUAUCCGGUAUGGCUUUCGUGCAUGCGCAGAAGCUAUCCGGUAUAGUGUGAACUUUUCUCUCGGCAAGUGCACAUUUUAACAUUCCAUUCGGCGUCUUGCGCCAUUUUUAUCCAAGCUUCGUUUGAUUUAAAUUGUAACUUCGCAACAAAAUGUCUCACUUUUAGUCGAGUGGCACAGUUGACGAACAUGAUUAGCUCGUUGCAUGUCUUCCAAGAAUAGGAACUACUUUAGCAGACUGGAUACGUUAUCAUACACUUGUCACUAUAAUAUAACCUGAAUAAAUUUGUUCCAGAGUUGAUGUAACACCCGUGAUUACUCAUCAAGUUCCUAUGAGCCAGUUUGAAAAGGUGAGAUUGAAAGCCCCCUUUUUGUAUUUACUGUCUCAUCUUCAACGAAGAUGCUUUUACUAACAGCAUUGAGACUUGCUGAUUUCGGGCAGGCGAUCUGACUAGCAGACAGGCUCAGUCAGUCCGUCUAGUAAUCAAAACGAGGUUAAGUGCUCAGCCUUUGAUAUGGAAAUGAUUUUUAUUCUCAUGCAAAUAAAACUAAUUUUCACAAGAAAGGUUGUGCAGUUGGCCUCAUUUCGAAAGGGAGGGUCUUUGGAACUCGGAAGUGGACUAUUGUAAAGAACUGACUGACCAAGCCAGACAGAGUAGGCGACUCACCGCUGACUGGUUGAGACGAAACUAAACGGACAGUGUACAAAGAGAGCGAAAACAGACCGAAUGAUUAAAGGAACUGUGUCACGAAAUCUAGUGGGAACUGGCACCAAAGUGAGUGAAACAAAAAUAACAGCUCAAAACAUUUAAAGGAGGUAUAAAUAAUACAGCUAAUACUGACACAAGGAGUCAUGACACCGUCCUUCGAUCGGCGAAAGCUUGGAUCUCAAUUUUAAACAGCAGUUUAAGGCUUCAUUAGAAUGGUAUUUUAAUUAAUUUUUUUAAAAUGCUGCUGAAGGACAACAUGAACAAGUUAUUAAUAUUGAAACAGAUCGCAAUAUGGGUUUUUGAAAACUUGUUAGCCUAACACCUGCAAUUUUUCAAAGUUCAUGGUUUUUGUCUGCAACUUUAGAUAUAAUGCUUGGAAAACGAUUUUGUUAAAAAACGAAUCAGAGAUUUUGUCAUUUGCAAGUAAUUUCUUUGCUAACGUGAAGUUCCACUGCGAAUAAGGACUUGUAAUUUGCAUUAUUAAACAAAUGUUAUAUAUUGCCGUGACACUGCCCAUUUAAGUUAGACGUCAUUUUUCCUGCGUGUCUUUUUAGGUAAUAGACCAGACUAUGAGACGGACUAAAUGACUGGCGGACAGAAAAACUGAUCAUCUCUGACUGAGGUAGACCGAUUGACGGUCAGACAGACAGACUGGUUGAGUAGUAGUUUGUUUACAAACGUGCUUCAACCCAACCGCGUUUUUCCUUGAACUAUAGUCAAUCAACGACUUAUGGAAUGGAUGUUUUGCUGUAAUAAGGUCUCUCGUAAACCUUUUAAAAAUAUGCAAAUAUCUGUCAUUGUUGAUGCAAUCUGUGUGUUUUCUUUUCCUUCUACGGUAAUCUUUUUUUGUUCCUUUCUUUUUUUCUGUAGGCGUUUGAGUUGUUGAAGUCUGGAGAAGGAUGUAAGAUAAUGGUUGAUCCACAGUCAUGA